AUGGCAAAUCAGCUACAUAAUUCAGGUGGCAGCACGAGGUCCUCCUGUAUGCCUACGCCAACAAACACCAGGCGGACACCAAUAAGAGGUGUGCAGCGGUACAAUGAAGCAACCAUUGCGUACCUGGGGGCCCGCUCGCGACGGGAGUACGAGGUGGAUAGCCGUCGCCUCCAAAUUGAUGAGAGGAGGCUGCAGCUCCAGAUCCAGCAGCACUCAGACACAACGAGGCUGCAGGUAAUGGAAAUGAAAGAGCGCCAGAAGGACAGAGAAGCACAAGCCGAACAGCAGCGCCUAGAAAUGCAAAAGCGCCAGAUGGAGAGAGAGGCGCAAGCUGAAGAGCGGCGCCUCAUGGCUGCCGAGCGCAGAACUUACAUACAGCACCAAGAAUCGCAGCUGCAAAUAAUCAAUGAUUUAUUUAACCAAAUAAAGAAAUAG